AUGGAACCAAAGAAUUUACAGCCUACAGUAAAAUACGGAGGAGAUUCUGUAAUGGUUUGGGGAUGUAUGAGUGCUCAGGGUGUUGGAAACUUACACUUUAUUGAUGGAAUUAUGAACCAAUAUAUUUAUUUAAAUAGUUUGAAGACAAAUCUUGCAGCUAGUGCCGAAAAAAUGGGCAUCAAAGAUGAUUUCAUAUUUACACAGGACAAUGAUCCCAAGCAUACUGCAAAAAAAGUUAAGGCUUGGUUGUCGAACAAUGUAANAUCACAUUAA